CUUGAGGGGAUUAAUGCGCCUUUUAGGUGAGCUCUCAGAUGAAAGUGGCCUGGGUGUGCUCAGCGCCCUGCCAGCUCACCACUCCAUACCCACUGUGAGCCGAGUCUGCGCCCACCGAGGGAAGCGGUGACUGGAUUUGGGGCGAGGGGCCGCACCCGCAGUCCGCAUGCGCAGAACCGGCCGCGGGGACUACAGCUCCCAGGGGAGCUUCGCGCAGGUCGCAGGCUCUGGGCCGCGGCGCCAUUUUGAAAUCUGAUCCUCAGCCUCCGAGGUUCUGCGUGGGCUGCGGGCGGGCGCGGGCGCUCCGGGAACCCGGCCUGCCAGCUGGGGAGGGCGUUGAGGACGCGGCGUCUGGCGGGAGACACAGCUGUGGGGGACGUGGUAGGGCCCGAGCGCGGCCUGCGCCGCUGUCGCUCAGCAUCCCCUGAGGAGUUUCCAUGCCCGCGCGCUGCCUGAGGGGCGGGGCUUGCCGCGCUGGUACCCGGAGCCCGGCGCGCGGUGGUCGAGGUGCGCCCCUGCGAAGCGGGACUUGGUCCGGCUGUGCCAGGCGACCCCAGAGCACCGCUGCGGGAGCCCGGGCGCAGCCAACAGCCAGCGGGUGAGCACCCAGCUGCCGCCGGCGUCCCUGGGAAGUUCGGCACCCGCUAGCAGGGAAGAUGAAAGAGAUUUGCAGGAUCUGUGCCCGGGAGCUGUGUGGAAACCAGCGGCGCUGGAUCUUCCACACGGCGUCUAAGCUCAACCUCCAGGUUCUGCUUUCGCACGUCCUGGGCAAGGAUGUCUCCCGCGAUGGCAAAGCCGAGUUUGCUUGCAGCAAGUGUGCUUUCAUGCUUGAUCGGAUCUAUAGGUUCGACACCGUCAUUGCCCGGAUCGAAGCCCUUUCUAUCGAACGCUUGCAGAAGCUGCUGCUGGAGAAAGAUCGCCUCAAAUUCUGCAUCGCCAGUAUGUAUCGGAAGAACAACGAUGACUCUGGCUCGGAGCCCAAGGCCGGGAACGGGACGGUUGACAUGUCGGUCUUACCCGAUGUGAGGUACUCUGCGCUGCUCCAGGAAGACUUUGCCUAUUCAGGCUUUGAGUGCUGGGUAGAAAGUGAGGAGCAGAUUCAGGAGCCACACAGCUGCCAUGCUGCGGAAGGGUCUGGAAACCGGCCCAGGAGAUGCCGUGGUUGUGCAGCUCUGCGGGUUGCUGAUUCUGACUAUGAAGCCAUUUGUAAGGUGCCUAGAAAGGUGGCCCGAAGUAUCACCUGUGGCCCUUCUAGCAGGUGGUCUACCAGCAUUUGCACUGAAGAACCAGCGUUGUCUGAGGUUGGGCCGCCGGACUUAGCGAGCACGAAGGUACCCCCAGAUGGAGAAAGCAUGGAGGAAGAGACCCCGGGUUCUUCUGUGGAAUCUCUGGACGCAGGUGUCCAGGCUAGUCCUCCACAACAGAAGGAUGAGGAGACAGAGAGAAGUGCAAAGGAACUUGGAAAGUGUGACUCUUGUUCAGAUGAACAGGCUCCACAGCAUUUGUGUAAUCACAUGCUGGAGCUAGCUCUUAGCAUGAUUAAAGGUCUUGAUUAUAAGCCCAUCCAGAGCCGCCGAGGGAGCAAACUUCCUAUUCCUGUGAAAUCCAGCCCACCUGGAGGCAAGCCUGGCCAUAUCGUGACCCAUGGUGUUAGUUCCGGUUUCCAAAAUAGGUCUUUGAAACCCCUUUACAGGACGCCCGUGAGUUAUCCCUUGGAGAUUUCAGACCUGCAGGAACUGUGGGAUGAUCUCUGUGAAGAAUAUUUGCCACUCCGGGUCCAGCCCAUGACUGAAGAGUUGCUCAAACAACAGCAGUUGAAUUCAAAUGAGACCACUAUAACUCAACAGUCUGUGUCCGAUUCCCACUUGGCAGAACUCCAGGAAAAAAUCCAGCAAAGAGAAGCCAGCAGCAAGAUUCUUCAAGAGAAACUUAAUGAAGUGAGCUGUGAACUAAGGUUUGCUCAGGAGUCAUCUCAGAAGCAAGAUGGUGUAAUCCAGAGUAUCAAGGAAACUCUAAAAAGCAGGGAAAGUGAGAUCAAAGAAUUGUACCAGGUGAUUGAAGGGCAAAAUGACACAAUGGCUAAGCUUCAAGAAAUACUGCACCAGAGCCAGCUUGGACAACUUCAUAGCUCAGAUGGUUCUUCUCCAGCUCAGCAGCAGGUAGCUGUGCUUGAUCUUCAGAGUGCUUUAUUCUGCAGCCAGCUAGAGAUACAGAAGCUCCAGAAUGGGGUACGACAGAAAGAACGCCAACUGGCUGAUGCCAAAAGAUGUGUGCAAUUUGUAGAGGCUGCAGCACAUGAGACAGAACAGCUGAAAGAGGCGACUUGGAAGCAUAACCAGGAAUUGCGCAAAGCCUUGCAGCAGCUGCAAGAAGAAUUGCAGUAUAAGUGUCAACAGCUCCGUACCCUGGAGGCUGAAAAACACAAUGAGAUGAGAACUCAGGAACAAAACAUUCAGCGCCUAAAACACAGUCUGAGUCACAAGGAGCAGCUGCUUCAGGAACUUCAGGAGCUCCUCCAGUAUCGAGGGAACUCAGACAAAACCCUUGAAGCAAAUGAGAUGCUGCUUGAGAAACUUCGGCAGCGAAUACAGGAUAGAGCUGUUGCUCUGGAGCGGGCUAUCGAUGAAAAGUUCUCUGCUCUAGAAGAAAAAGAAAGAGAAGUGCGACAGCUUCAUCUUGCUGUGAGAGAGCGAGAUCAUGACCUAGAGAGACUGCGUGGUGUCCUCUCCUCCAGUGAAGCUACAAUGCAGAGUAUGGAGAGUCUCCUGAGGGCCAAAGGCCUGCAAGUGGAACAGUUAACUACUACCUGUCAGAACCUCCAGUGGCUGAAAGAAGAAAUGGAAACCAAGUUUAGCCAUUGGCAGAAGCAACAAGAGAGUAUCAUUGAGCAGUUACAGACGUCUCUGCAUGACAGGAACAAAGAAGUGGAGGAUCUUAGUGCAACCUUGCUCUGCAAACUCGGACCAGGGCAGAGGGAGAUAGCGGAAGAGCUAUGGCAGCGUCUACAGCAGAAGGAAAGGAUGCUGCAGGACCUUCUAAGUGACCGAAACAAACAAGCUGUGGAACAGGAAAUGGAGAUUAAAGGCCUGCUUCAGUCCGUGAGUGCCAGGGAGCAGGAAAGCCAAGCUACUACAGAAAAGAUGGUACAAGCCCUAAUGGAAAGAAAUUCAGAAUUACAGGCCCUACGCCAAUAUUUAGGAGGGAAAGACUUCAUGACAUCCCAAAGAGUCACCUCUAACCAACAAGCUGAAGUUGGCUCCAUUGGUCCCCCUCUUGGAGAGCAGACUGAUCAAGGUUCAGUGCAACUACCCUCCAGAGAUGGUAGCACUUCACUGAUUGCCAAAGAGGAUGCUAGCAUACCCAGGUCCACAUUAGAAGACUUGGACACAGUUGCAGGGCUGGAAAAAGAACUGAGUAAUGCCAAAGAAGAACUUGAACUCAUGGCCAAAAAAGAAAGAGAAAGUCAGAUGGAACUUUCUGCUCUACAGUCCAUGAUGGCUGUUCAAGAAGAAGAGCUACAGGUGCAGGCUGCUGACAUGGAAUCCCUGACCAGGAACAUACAGAUUAAAGAAGACCUCAUAAAGGACCUGCAAAUGCAACUGGUUGAUCCCGAAGACAUACCAGCGAUGGAACGCCUGACCCAAGAAGUCUUGCUUCUCCGGGAAAAGGUUGCUUCAGUAGAAUCCCAGGGUCAAGAAAUUUCAGGAAACCGAAGACAGCAAUUGUUGCUGAUGCUAGAAGGAUUGGUGGAUGAGCGCAGUCGGCUCAAUGAGGCCUUGCAAACAGAGAGACAGCUCUAUAGCAGCCUGGUGAAGUUCCAUGCCCAUCCAGAGAGCUCUGAGAGAGACCGAACUCUGCAGGUGGAACUGGAAGGGGCCCAAGUGUUACGCAGUCGGCUAGAAGAAGUUCUUGGAAGAAGCCUGGAGCGCUUAAGUAGGCUGGAGACCCUGGCCGCCAUUGGAGGUGCAGCUGCAGGGGAUGACACUGAAGAUGCAAGCACUGAGUUCACUGACAGCAUCGAGGAGGAGGCUGCCCACAGCAGCCACCAGCAACUCAUCAAGGUGGCUUUGGAGAAAAGCCCGGCAACUGCAGAGCCCCAGAGCAUGUCUGCUCCCCCUCCUUCCCCAGUAGGAGGGGACAGUAACAGGUGUCUCCAGGAGGAGCUGCUCCACCUGAGGGCUGAGCUCCACCAGCUCUUAGAGGAGAAGAGAAAAGCCGAGGCAGAACUGAAGGAGCUAAAGGCUCAAAUUGAGGAAGCAGGAUUCUCCUCUGUGUCCCAUAUCAGGAACACCAUGCUGAGCCUUUGCCUUGAGAACGCAGAGCUAAAAGAGCAGAUGGGAGAAGCAAUGUCUGAUGGAUGGGAGAUUGAGGAAGACAAGGAGAACGGCGAGUUGAUGGUGGAGACUGUGGUAGCCAAAGGGUGUCUGAAUGAGAAUGGCCUUCGGGCUGAGUUCAGAAAGCUCCAGGGAAAACUGAAGAAUGCCCAUAACAUCAUCAACCUCCUUAAAGAACAGCUGGCACUGAGCAGCAAGGAAGGGAAUGGGAAUCCUGCCUCAGAGCUCCUUGUGCGCCUGGCCAGGGAGAUCGACAGAAUGAACACAGAACUGGUUGGUCCUCCUGGGAAGCACCGACAGCAGAAGGAGGAUGCGACCACGCGGCCUUGCCCCAGACCCGGGAGCCUUGACCUGGUGGCGCCCCUUGCAGUGGAGAGCCUCCAACUGCAUGACCAGUCCCAGGCCUGUGACCCUGGGCCUCCGUUAGAAUUCAACCUCCCAGGGUCGACCAAGCAUCUGCGCUCCCAGCUGGCACAAUGCAGACGACGCUAUCAAGAUCUCCAAGAGAAGCUGCUAUUAUCAGAAGCCACCAUCUUCGCUCAGGCUAGCCAGCUGGAGAAAUACAGAACCAUAUUUAGUGAAUCCUUGGUGAAGCAGGACAGCAAGCAGGUCCAGGUGGACCUCCAGGAUCUGGGCUAUGAGACUUGUGGCCGAAGUGAGAAUGAGGCUGAGCGGGAGGAGACCACCAGUCCUGAGUGCGAGGAACAUGACAGCCUCAAGGAGCUGGUCCUGAUGGGGGGGCUGUGCUCUGAGCAGGGGCGCCUGGGCUCUGUGCUGACCAGCGCCCCUGGGAAGAAACCCUGGGAGAGCCAGCUGGAGAAGCAGGAAGAGCUCCAGGCCUACGGAAAGUCGAAGGACGUCUCUGUCCUACAGAGGGACAUCAGAGAUCUGAAGGCCCAGCUGCAGAACGCUAGCAAGGUCAUUCAGAGCCUCAGGAGCCGCGUCCGGUCCCUCUCAGUGACAAGUAAUUUUUCAUCUAGUUUGGAAAGACCCCGGAAGCUGAGGGCUAUUGGCACCUUUGAGGGGUCUUCACCUCACAGUGUGACAGAUGAAGAUGAAGGGUGGCUCUCUGAUGGCACUGGGGCUUUCUACCCCACAGGGCCACAGGACAAAAAGGAUCUGGAGAGCCUCAUCCAGAGAGUAUCCCAGCUGGAGGCCCAGCUCCCAAAAACUGGACUGGAAGGGAAGCUGGCCGAGGAGCUGAGAUCAGCCUCGUGGCCUGGGAAAUAUGAUUCCUUGAUUCAGGAUCAGGCCCGAGAGCUAUCCUAUCUACGGCAAAAAAUACGAGAAGGUAGAGGUAUUUGUUACCUUCUCACCCAGCAUGCAAAAGACACAGUCAAAUCCUUUGAGGACCUCCUGCGGAGCAAUGACAUUGACUACUACCUGGGGCAGAGCUUCCGGGAGCAACUCGCUCAGGGGAGCCAGUUGACAGAGAGGCUCACCAGCAAGCUCAGCACCAAGGAUCAUAAAAGUGAGAAAGAUCAAGCUGGACUUGAGCCACUUGCCCUCAGGCUCAGCAGGGAGCUGCAGGAGAAGGAGAAAGUGAUUGAGGUCUUGCAGGCCAAGCUGGAUGCCCAGUCCCUCACGCCACCCAGCAGCCGUGCCUUGUCUGACUCCCACCGCUCACCCAGCAGCACCUCCUUCCUGUCUGAUGAGCUGGAAGCCUGCUCUGACAUGGACACAGCCAGCGAGUACACACGCUAUGAGGAGAAGAAACCUUCGCCGGGUCACUCAGAUUCCAUCCAUCAUUCAAGUCAUUCUCCUGUAUUGUCUUCUAAACCAUCAGCCACCAGUGCACCUCAGGGGGCUAAGGCCGAAUCCAGUAGCAACCUCAUCAGCUUUCCUGCUCCCCAGAACCCCCCUAAGGAGGCCGGCCAGGCCCAUCCAGGCUUUAAUUUCCACACCAUGCCCAAGCUGGCUAGCCUUCCUCAGGCAACACUGCCCUCAGCUCUAUCCAGCUGCCUGCCUUUCAGGUCCCCUGGCCCUCCCCUCCUUGGCUGUGGUGAGACAUCGGUUUUCUCCUUGGCUGAGGCUCAACAGGAGCUGCAGAUGCUGCAGAAGCAGCUGGGAGAAAGUGUCAGCACUGUCCCUCCUGUUCCCCCAGCCACAUUGCCGAGCAGCCACUUGGAAACCAGCUCUUCCCACUAUCUCAACCCUGUCCAGACCCACUCUCCUCCGAGGGACACCCUGGAACUGGGCAGAAUCCUGGAGCCUGGGCACCUGGGCAGCAGUGGCCAGUGGGGCAUGAUGAGGCCUCAGAAGGGGAGUGUGUCUGGGGACCUGUCCUCCAGCUCCUCUGUGUGCCAGCUUAACUCUAAACCCACAGGCGCUGACCUGCUGGAAGAGCAUCUUGGUGAAAUCCGGAACCUGCACCAGCGCCUGGAGGAGUCCAUCUGCAUCAAGGACUGGCUGCGGGAGCAGCUGGGGAACUGGCUCAGCUCUGCUGCCCGCGGAGGGACAGGAUCCACCUCUAACAUCUACAGUCAGGGCCCGGAGUCCAUACCUCAGCUCUGCAAUGAGUACAGAGCCCUCAGUGAAGAAAACCGAAGUCUUCAGGCUCAGCUGAAUCACAUUUCCAGAGAGCGCUCCCAGGAAUCAGAGAGCCUGAGGGAGGCUCUGCUCUCCUCACGAUGCCGGCUUCAGGAGCUGGAAAAGGAGCUGGAACAUCAGAAAGUGGAAAGGCAGCAGCUUUUGGAAGACUUGCGGGAGAAACAGCAAGAGAUCUUGCAUUUCAGGGAGGAACGGCUGUCUCUCCAGGAAAAUGACUCCAGGCUGCAGCACAAGCUGGCUCUCCUGCAGCAGCAGUGUGAAGAGAAGCAGCAGCUCUUCCAGUCCCUCCAGUCGGAGCUACAGAUCUACAAGGCACUUUAUGGCAAUUCCAAGAAGGGGCUGAAAGCUGCAGCACCAGCUGGAGGUGGGUGCUGUCCAGGCCAGCCUCAGUCCCGCCCUCACUCACCAGAACUUCCCAGCCACUGUGGACCCUGGAAACAGCCGGUCCUCCAAGACCCAGCUGCUUCCCCGCCGGUCCGGGACGUUGGCAUGAAUUCUCCAGCCAUGGUCUUCCCCAGUUCUUCUUCCUCUGCUCCUGACUCAGAAACUGCCACAUUCAACAGGACAGAUGGCCUGGGUAUGGAUACUUCUCCAGGAAUGAAGAGCUCUCCCAAGCUGGAGGGUGAUGCUACUGAUGGCUCCUUUGCCAAUAAGCACGGCCGGCAUGUCAUUGGCCACAUUGAUGACUACACGGCUCUAAGACAGCAGAUUGGGGAGGGCAAAGUGCUGGUGAAAAAGAUAGCAUCUCUUGUGAGGCCAUUGUGUAACUUCCCUGGCCUUGGAGCUCAGGGCACAGAGGUCCUGGGCAGAACAAGCAUCCCCGAGCUUCGGAGUAGUGCCACUGCCCUACACCAGACCCUGGAGGAGUCGGCUUCCCUCCUCACCAUGUUCUGGAGAGCAGCCCUGCCAAGCACCCACAGCCCCAUGCUGCCCAGCAAGGUGGGAGAAGCAACAGAAAGAGAACUGCUGGAACUGAGAACCAAAGUAUCUAACCAGGAAAGGCUCCUUCAGAGCACAGCUGAGCGUCUGAAGACCGCCACCCAGCAGGAAAGGAGCAUGGAGCAGUUCAUCAUCAGCCAGCUGACCAGGACAUAUGAUGUUUUGAAGAAGGCAAAGACUAAUUUGAAGGGAAGGAAACCACUGCAUCAGUCAGAGGCACGGAGCCUGCCCCAAAUCCAUCACCAGCUGUCAUCAGAGUCUAUAGGGGACUCUUGUCCAGGAGAAGACUAUAGGUCCACUGGCAGGGUGGCAGGUGAAAUUCCUAAGGGCUCUGCCAUGCACUCCAGCCCUGUGACCCUUGCCUUCCAGGAACCAUGUAAGAAGCGCAGCCACCGCAGAUCCUUAAAACAACAGGAAGUAUGGCCUAUCCCCCUUUUGUGCAGCUACUCAUCUGCUGAGGAAAAUAUUCCUCCAACCCCCACACCUCCAAACCUGGAGGGUCCAGAAGAGGGAGACAGAGAUAUGUCCUGGUGAGACUGAUGGAAAGGCAGUUACGGAAUGCCAUUAGCCAAGGUCUGCUUGGCCCAGCACUAAGCAAAAAGUAUAGUUUGCAUAGAGCUUUUCGUGAUACUGCUUCUAAACAGCCCCAGUGGGUUGGGAACUAGGAACCAUACAAUUCUCGCCUCAUCAGCUAUCCUGGGAUGGAAAACUCAGUGGAAAUACAACCUUGAAUCUUUUGAAUGAGUCAAGUGUUCCAACACUGGAGCUUCUUGGGCAGUCCUAAAAGCACAAAAUUGAGCAAUGGUGCCUUUCUGGAUGGUGCUGGAGGGAGCUCAGUGCACACUACUCAUAGAUCUAUAUCUGAGCUUGGACCAUCUCCCUUGGGACAAACUGGGCUUUAGUCUUCAUGUAGCACUUGAGUUCUUUGAGUUCACAUCAUAAAUGUGGUGACUUCCCAGAUUCCAUCUCAGGCUUAAACUAGCACUUCCUAUUUCUUUUCUUAUAUGAUCUCCAAACUGGACUGACCCCAUUCUAAAUAUGCAUUCCCGUUUUGUCAUCCUAUCUUAACUCGGGAAUAUUGGGGAUUGAUGGCCAGAUGAAGGCAGUUGAAAUUAUUGCAUGCAGCACACCUGUGCUCAUUUUUAAGUGGCCUAGGAAAGGCACCCAGUCAUGCAAAAGCCUCGCUGUGUCUUCACAGUGCUUAUAGAAUGUGUGUUAGUGUGUAUAAAUGUAUGAUAUAGAUUUAUAUAUGUUGCUAUAGCCAUAUGUUGAAGGCCAACUUACCUGGUGGACACGAUUGGUGAGAGGAAAUGAAAUGGUCUUUUUGGUCAUUAUUAAAGCAAAAUAUGUAUAAAUACAUAAUUUUUCUUUGA